CGGUAGCGCUGCCUGGCCGGAAGAAAGGGAAGCAACGAGGCAACAGCAGGGGAGGGACGAAGCUCACCAGAUCUCCGCCCUCCAACCCAUCCAUCCAUCCAUCCGUCGCCGGCGGCGGCACAUCCGCCUCGCCAGGAUCCUCGUCGGUCCCUGCUCCGGCAGAGCAUACGGAUCUCCGGUUGUGUGUUUCUCCGCCCGAAUCUCGCCAAGAACCGAGAUUUGCCCCGGCGGCUGCGGCCAAUGCCGGCCUGGUUCCCGUGACGCCUUCCCGGCCUGCGUGGCGGGGAUCGGGAUCCUGCCCCCUUUCCCGCGCGGUGACCUGGUUCUUGCUUUGCCGGAGCGGCGGAUUGGGCGGAGAUUUCCAUUUUUUUUUCUGUCCCCUGUUUCCGGCCGCAGGAUCGGCCUCUCGUCGCCGUCGAUCUUGCUUUUGGGCGCCAGCGCCAUUGGCGCGCCGGGGAGCAUGGUGAACUCUAACUACUCGGCGCUCCCGCUCACCGCCACCGCCAUCGAGCUGCAGUCCGCCCACCCGCCGCCGCAUCCUCCCAAAUCUGGCGCCGCAGCCAAUGGCGCGGCACACGCCAAGCUCACCAAGCAGGACUCCUUCCUGGGUGAGGUCGAGGACGACGACGCCCACGCCACCGCCGCCGAGCACGACGAGCUGCCGCUCAUCGGCGACGACGGCCCGGCGGGUCCCCCCGAGGGCUCGGGGGUCUCCGGCGCGGUGUUCAACCUCGCGACCUCCAUCAUCGGGGCGGGCAUCAUGGCGCUCCCGGCGACCAUGAAGGUGCUCGGCGUCGCCGUGGGGCUCGUCUCCAUCCUCGUCAUGGGGGUGCUCUCUGAGGUCACCAUCGAGCUGCUCGUCCGGUUCUCGGUGCGCUGCCGCGCGCUGUCCUACGGCGAGCUCGUGCACCGGGCGCUCGGCCGCCCGGCCAGCGUCGUCGCGCAGUUCUGCAUCAUCGUCAACAACGCCGGGAUCCUCGUCGUCUACCUCAUCAUCAUCGGCGACGUCAUGUCCGGGUCGCUCAAGCACAUGGGCGUCAUGGACCAGCUCAUCGGCCACGGCGAGUGGGACAACCGGAGGCUGCUCAUCCUGUUCGUUCUCGUGGUGUUUCUAUCCCCGUUGUGUGCCCUCGAGAAGAUUGACUCGCUGAGCUUGUCGUCUGCUGCGUCUGUCGGGCUCGCCGUUGUUUUUGUGGCGGUCUCGUGCAUGAUCGCGGUUGUGAAGCUCGUCGAGGGCAAGCUCGCCGCGCCGAGGAUGGGGCCGGAUUUUAGCUCGAGGGCGGCGAUCCUUGACCUUCUCGUUGUGAUACCCAUCAUGACCAAUGCCUACAUCUGCCAUUUCAACGUGCAGCCCAUCUACAAUGAGCUCAAGGAGAAGACACCCCGCAACAUGUACAACGUCGGCCGGAUCUCCACCGUGCUCUGCGUCGUCGUUUACGCGCUGACUGCCAUCUCGGGGUACCUCCUGUUUGGCGACGACACCGAGUCCGACGUGCUCACCAACUUCGACAAGGACCUCGGGAUCAAGUUCAGCACGGUGCUCAACUACAUUGUGAGGAUCGGGUACAUCAUCCACCUGGUCCUCGUCUUCCCGGUCGUCCACUUCUCGCUGAGGCAGACGGUGGACUCGCUGGUCUUCGGCGAGCUCGCGCCCCACAGCAGGAAGAGGAUGCUCUCCCUGACAGUAGUUCUGCUGGCCCUUAUCUACCUCGGCUCGACCAUGAUACCCAACAUCUGGAUGGCCUUCAAGUUCACCGGCGCAACGACGGGGCUGGCAUUGGGCUUCAUGUUCCCAGCCCUCGUGGCGCUGCGGCUGGACAAGGAGGGGGAGUGCCUGGGGCGCGGCGAGAGGCUCCUGUCGCUCGGAAUGCUGGGGCUGGCCAUCGUCGUGAGCGUCGUCGGGGUCGUGGGAAACGUGUACAGCCUGAGGAGCAAGUCUGAGUGAGUGAUGGAUUGAUCAUCAGGAUUACUAUAUUUCUAGGGCUUGUUAUACAGAGACUGUAUUACCACUGCCAGAAUACACUAGUUAGCAGGUACACCAGUUCCAGCUGAGCUGCUGAGCAAAGCUCAUCAUACUACACAUUUUGUUCACCUACAGGGUUGUUUCAUAUGUUGUUGGUGGGCAUUCUUGUACUUUUGGACCAUAUUCUUUGAUGUAUUUUUCUUCUUCUAUUUGUUCUUAGAUAUAUAUAUAUAUAUACAUGUGUAUCCUGGGUCUUCUUUCUGAUCGAGGCAAUGAAUCAACCCGGGUUUUGUACUGAGGUUACUUCUUGUUUGCCUAUGAUAUGACGAAAGCUGCAUUCAGAAAAUCUACCUUCUUAAUGAAUUUUGCAUUCAGAAAA